AUGGGCCAGCAGGUGGGCCGCGUCGGGGAGCCGGGCGCCUCCUCCGCGCUCCAGCAGCCGGCGGCGGCGGCGGCGACGCAGCAGCAGCAGCAACAGCCGCCGCCUCUUUCCCAGCCCCAGCCGAGGGGGCUCCGGGGCAGCGCAGCCAGGCCCGCCGGCCGGAGGCGAGAGGUGGCGGCCCCGCGAGGGGCCGAGAGCGGCUUCAAUAUCUUCACCCAGCACGAGGCUCUGCACCGCCCCUAUGGUUGUGACACAGAACCCCAGGCACUGAAUGAAGCCAUCAGGUGGAGCUCCAAGGAGAAUCUCUUAGGAACCACUGAGAGCGACCCCAAUCUUUUUGUUGCACUUUAUGAUUUUGUAGCAAGUGGUGACAACACACUGAGCAUCACCAAAGGUGAGAAGCUACGCGUACUGGGCUACAACCAGAACGGUGAAUGGAGUGAAGUACGGUCCAAGAAUGGUCAAGGGUGGGUUCCGAGUAACUACAUCACCCCAGUGAACAGCCUGGAGAAGCAUUCCUGGUAUCAUGGGCCAGUGUCACGCAGUGCAGCUGAGUAUCUGCUGAGCAGCCUCAUUAAUGGCAGCUUCCUAGUUCGGGAAAGUGAGAGCAGUCCGGGGCAACUGUCCAUCUCACUCAGGUACGAGGGCCGUGUUUACCACUACAGGAUCAAUACCACCGCGGAUGGCAAGGUGUAUGUGACAGCCGAAAGCCGUUUCAAUACUCUGGCGGAGCUAGUUCACCAUCACUCGACAGUAGCUGAUGGCCUGGUGACAACCUUGCACUACCCAGCACCAAAGUGCAAUAAGCCCACAGUCUAUGGAGUCUCCCCCAUCCAUGAUAAGUGGGAGAUGGAACGGACUGAUAUCACUAUGAAGCACAAACUUGGUGGAGGACAGUAUGGAGAGGUGUAUGUUGGGGUAUGGAAGAAAUACAAUCUCACAGUUGCUGUGAAAACACUCAAGGAAGAUACAAUGGAAGUGGAGGAAUUCUUGAAAGAAGCUUCUGUUAUGAAGGAAAUCAAGCAUCCAAAUUUGGUGCAGUUAUUAGGUGUGUGUACUCUGGAACCCCCGUUUUAUAUAGUGACAGAAUACAUGCCGUAUGGGAACCUGCUGGAUUACUUGCGGGAGUGCAAUCGGGAGGAAGUAACUGCUGUUGUCCUGCUGUAUAUGGCUACCCAGAUAUCCUCUGCCAUGGAAUACCUGGAGAAGAAAAACUUCAUCCACAGGGAUCUAGCAGCUCGCAAUUGUCUGGUUGGAGAAAACCACGUGGUGAAAGUGGCUGACUUUGGAUUAAGCAGGUUGAUGACUGGAGACACUUACACAGCUCACGCUGGAGCAAAGUUUCCUAUCAAAUGGACAGCCCCAGAGAGUCUGGCCUACAACACAUUCUCAAUCAAAUCAGAUGUUUGGGCCUUUGGAGUCUUGUUGUGGGAGAUUGCCACCUAUGGAAUGUCACCUUACCCUGGCAUUGACCUCUCUCAGGUUUAUGAUCUACUGGAGAAAGGCUACCGGAUGGAACAACCUGAAGGUUGCCCCCCAAAAGUCUACGAACUCAUGAGAGCAUGCUGGAAAUGGAAUCCCCUAGACAGGCCUUCAUUUGCUGAGACUCAUCAAGCCUUUGAAACCAUGUUCCAUGAUUCUAGCAUCAAUGAAGUGCCUCUCGUUAGCACCCAGGUCUGCUUUCCUCUUCCUUUGCUGCUCUCUGUUCCAACUAUUCCCCUGACGUUUCUUACAGAAGUGGCAGAAGAGCUUGGAAGGACAGCAUCUUCUUCAUCCAUAGUUCCAUAUUUGCCUCGUUUGCCCAUGCUUCCUUCCAAGACCAGGACCUUGAAAAAACAGGCUGAAAACAAAGAGAACAUCGAAGGAGUUCAGGAGGUUGUAGAGCAUUCUGCUUCCAGCUCUGCACCAGGUAUGCUUGGUUUUAUCAGAAGCACACAGACGACCAGUGGAUCCCCAGCACUACCUCGCAAGCAGAGAGACAAGUCGCCCAGUGGCCUGUUGGAAGACACCCGGGAGACCACCUUCACCCGAGACAGGAAGGGGGGCUUCUUUAGCUCUUUCAUGAAGAAGAAAAACGCCCCCACGCCCCCAAAGCGCAGCAGCUCUUUCCGCGAGAUGGAGAACCAGCCUCACAAGAAGUAUGAGCUGACGGGUAACCUUUCAGCCGCUGGUCCUCUGCAGCACAUCGAUGGGUUUUCUUUUACACCCUCCCAGCAGGAUGGAAACCUUUGCUCGUCUAAGUGCUAUGUUGGGGGCUUCACGCAGCGGAACUUCUAUGGGGAUGACGGCGGUGGCGGCGGCAGCAUGAGCAGCGGAGGGGGCACAAGUACCGGCGGUGGGUGGUCCGGCAUCACGGGCUUCUUCACGCCACGGCUGAUUAAAAAGACCCUGGGUUUAAGAGCCGGGAGGCCCACCGGUGGGGAGGAAGCCUCAAAGCCUUUCCCCCGGUCCAACUCGACAUCUUCCAUGUCCUCGGGUCUCCCUGAGCAGGAGAGAAUGGCCAUGACCCUUCCCCGAAAUUGCCACAGGUCCAAAGUCCAGCUGGAAAGGACAGUCUCCACCUCCUCUCAGCCCGAGGAGAACACUAGCAAGUCCAGCGACCUGCUCUCUAAAAGGUGCGAAGAGGUUCCCACUCUGACCAGAGACAGACCAAAAGCCAAACUUCUGCCCAGAGGUGCCACGGCUGUUCCCCUCAGGACCCCUUCUGCGGAUGCGGCUGUUUCUGAAAAGGACACUCAGGGGCCAACAGCCACAGCGAGCCUGAAGAGCAAAGAGAAGAACAGCGGGACGCGGCAAGGGUCCCUAGAAGGCGAGGAGAAGUCGGGCUGGCCUUCUCCACCCAAGGCUGCGGCAGUCCUUCCUGUCACCCACAACCACAAAGUGCCCGUUCUCAUCUCACCCACUCUGAAGCAUACGCCAGCAGAUGUGCAGCUGAUUGGCACAGACUCUCAGGGGAAUCGCUUCAAGCUCUUAUCUGAGCACCAGGGCACGGCUUCCAGCGACAGGCCCAGGCGGAUAAAACCAAAGUGCGCUCCACCUCCACCGCCAGUCACGAGGCUCCUAAACCAGCCACCCAUUUGCUCAGAUGUGACAGAGGAGUUGAAUAACGGGGCGUUGGUACAGCCUGGGCAGGAAGCCAGCGAGGGCAGCAAAAAGGUGGUGGUGGUGGCAGCAACGGCACCUGCCGGUGGAAAAGCCGGAAGGCCUGUAAUGCCCCCACCUCAAGUGCCUCUGUCAUUGUCUUCCACCUCACCUGCCAAAAUGGCCAAUGGUACAGCGGGAGCCAAAGUAGCACUGAGAAAGACCAAACAGACAGCUGAGAGAAUCUCCGCCGACAAAAUCAGCAAAGAGGCUCUGCUAGAGUGCGCAGACCUCCUCUCGAGUGCCAUUGCCGAGCCCACCACAAACAGCCACUUGGUGGACACGGGGCACCAGCUGUUGGAUUACUGCUCAGGCUACGUGGACUGCAUCCCGCAAACGCGCAACAAGUUUGCCUUCCGGGAAGCUGUGAGCAAACUGGAACUCAGCCUGCAGGAGCUGCAGGUGUCCUCAGCAGCUGCUAGCGUGCCCGGAGCAAACCCUGUACUUAAUAACUUAUUGUCUUGUGUUCAAGAAAUCAGUGAUGUUGUCCAGAGGUAGCUACUGUUUAUAAUCACCCAGUUAGGAGGAAAGAAGUCUACACCGAGUGGAGGGAGAAGGGUCAGGAUGCCUACCUUCUGGUGUUUUCCCCCUACCUUGAUACUUUGGAAAGGAAAGACUGAUACUUGAGUGAGUUUUAUGUGAAGUACCUCAAAUCACUGAGCUCUCAUGUUUACAGGUUCAUCUCAGUACAUGGGGCAGAUGGGGAGGGGGAAGCCAAGCUUCACUUGGGGGGUGGGGUGGGGGUCAGAUGGUUUGCAGCUGAGUGAGGAGGGCAGAAUGUCAAGAACUUGCCCUAGCCAGAAAAUGCUUCUGCAAAAGGGGAGCUUAUUCUCUGAUUCCCCUUCCAGAAGGUAGGAGAACCAAGAGCAGGGCCUUGGUUUUGGGAAGCGCCUGCGGAUCUCCACAAUGUUGUUCAGAUGACCAGAAUUAUUGGAGAGGGUGUGGGGUGGGAUCCUUUUCUGCACUACUGCAUGUUUUGACCUUCUGGGAUUGUGAGAGAAAGGUUCAGAGGCUCCAUUGGAACGGAAGUGGACUGAUCUUCCCAAGUGGGAGAGGAUUUAUUUUGGGGGAAGGUCUGUGGAGCUGCUGGAAGUGGUGCAUUCGUUCACCUGGCUAACUUCCACAGUGCAUUUUGCUGCUGUAGUAAGAGUUGCAAAAAAACCUAUCCAAUAUAAGAAACACAUCCCUUUUUUUGUCAUCCUUCUCACAUAUUUUACUAUCCACACAUCCAGUCCUUCACAGCUUCUUCCAUGAUGGUUGAGCUGACUUGCCACUGGGUCAAUCUCUCACUCCCACUCACUCACUCACUCACUCUCACUUGCACGCACACUCAAACUGGCUGUCAUCACCCUGGUAGUGUAGCAUGGGUAUCUAACCUGGCACUCAGUUGAGUAGUUUGGGCUGUAGCACAAAUUUGCCAGCAUGUGUCCAAAAGCUGUAAUGUCUGUUUUUAAAUGUUGAUACAACAUUGGCCCCCUCUCCUUUGAUAAACCUUGAGGGGCCACCCUGGAUUAAAGACACUGCAGAAUGCUGCUGUUGCUCUCUACAUUCCUUUUUUUAUAUAUAAAAAAAUGCUUACCCUAAUCCAGCUACUUUUUUGAGGGAACCAGAAACCUGAGGUCAUAAUGUCUCCUGUUAGAAUUACAAAUGGGCUCCUUUGGCAGUACCUAGUCAGAGUAAUUACUUUACCAUCCAUAUUUAAAAACAGGACCUUUGCCCUAUUCAGAAUUAUGAGAUACUGUUUGGUUUUCCUAGAAAUGCCCUGAAUGUGUAGCGUAAUGGGGCGAAGGGAGCCAAGAGGGUAAAAUUGAGUUUGGUGUCUGGGAGGAGGGGAAGAAGGGGCCCUAAAGUAAGAAUGAGUCCUCGUUACACUCGUUAAGUGUGAAAGAUCUUAGCAAAUUUGGGGUUCAGUUGAGAUCUGGGUGAGGAGGGUGGAGGAGUUUGAAUGCCGUUGUCCUUCCUGUAGAUAGCAUCACAAGCUUGCGAUGGCCUUUUUCCGGCUGUCCCUUUUUUUGAGCCGGAAGCAUUUGACAUCCAUAUGGAUUGGACACUACUGGUAUGGUUGGGUUGGAGGAAUGCCCAUGCCAUCAUGCAGGCAGUCGAUGCCACAUAAUGUAAAGCAGGCCUUGGUUUCCGUCUGCAGCUGUUCUUUCCUGUCCUAGAAAAUUCCCAGAUUGUCUUGAUAUGCAGGUGUUAUCCACCUGCUGGACUUAGCCGUUGUAGUAUGGUUAAGGUCUGCCGUAUGCUGCUAUUCCUGUGACAUCUCUCUUAUAAACACAAGAACAUGAAACCUGUUGCCUGAUAUCACACAUAGAAAUGCUUCUCUCACACAGCUAUAGUUCUGUCGUUGCUGAACUGAGGCUUUUGAGAGAAGUUGAAUUGCCCUGGCAAGGUGUAUAUCUCUUAGGCAUGGGAAGAAUUCUGGCUCUCUGAAAUCCAGCAAAUGACUGCAGCACUUUCUUGUGCCCCCAGAAGGUAUUUGGCAAAGGAGGGAAGGCAUGUAGUUCUUUCUGGGGACUUGUGUGCCCCUUCUGCCCCACAAGAAAAUUCAGCACAGGAUCUUCCCAUCAUUUGUUAGCAGCAUUGGUCAUAAAUAAAAUAAAAUAGAAAUCAGGGUCUGGUUUGUUUCGCACCUUAAUCUUUUUAAAAUGCGGCAGUUUUCCUUUUACAAGCUUGAGAGUUGGAAUUGUAUUGCUAUGCUGUUUGUUUUAUAUUGAACCUCCAGUGAUGGUGGAAGGGUGCAAACUUGCCGCUCGUUGGGGCUUUCUCUCCAAAACUCUGAUUUUGACUCCUUUUCCAUUGGCUGCACUAACUCAACAACCACCACAGCAUAAAAAGCAACUUCUCCCAUGGUCUAGUCUAGAACUAGAUUGGCAAUGAACUCUGACAAGUGGCCCUUGCUGCUCCGAUGAGUGCAUGGCAAUGGAAAGGUGAAGGGAACCGGUUUGCUUCCUAGGCUGGACUGAAUAAAUCAAAAGUGGGCAAAUAGAGGUGAAGAGCCUGGCCAGACAUUACAUUCAUCAAAUGUAAAGUUGCCAUGAAUAAACCAGUUUCUGAUUUGCUGAGAAUAUUGAAGGAUUCUGCAGAUGCAGGCAGAGAAAGACUUUGGCAAGCACACAGGAAAGCAGAAGACUCUAGGCAGGCUUCUCCUCCUUGAUUCUCUGCUGGUCUCUCUCCGUAACGGCAUCCCUCCCCUCCCCACCCUGCAGUUGGGAAGGUGAAGCUAGCACUAAGCAGAGAUGAGUGACCAAAGGAGAAAGGAGACCAGUGGAGGGAGCCUUGUAUGCCACCUGGUCCAACCCUGCUCAAUGCAGGAAGCCCAGGGCAAGAGCAUGCCAAUGGAAUGACUGUCCAGCCUCUGCUUAGAAACCUCCAGGGCCUGAGAGUCUACCAUCCCCCUAGGUAACUAUUGUCAGCCUGUCCUAUUAAAGGAGCUUCUUCUGACGUUCAACCUAAGUCUCCCCUUCUCCCCUUCUGUAACUAAGCCUUGCCCUCUUGGGCAACAGACAGCAAGUCUUUGCCCUCUUCUGUGUGACAGCCCUUUAGGCAGGGCUCUUUUUUCCCCCCAGCUGGAGCUCACCGGCUCCUCUCAAGUGGGCACCAUUGCCACUCUUAAGAGAACAAAGGAGAAGUUCAUGGUGAGCUCUGGCACCUCUUUUUCUAGAAAAAUAGCAUAGCCGUUAGGUAUUUGCAGAGUGAUGCAAUAUUCCACCAUAGCCUUCUCUUUGUCAGGCUAAACGCACCCUGUUUCCUUAACCUUUCCUCAUAGGACAUCUUUUCCAUACCCAGCCAUUUUCACUGCCAUCCUCUGAACCCAUUCCAGAUUGUCUCUAUUUUGCCAAAAUUAGCCGGCAACCCAUUGCCUGGGGGCCUACUGUCAAUGCCUUCUCUGGUCGCCUUUUUGUAGCAUUCCUCAGAGGUCCAGUGGCCUUUUUUCCCUUUGGCAUAGGCACAGCUAUCAAUACCCAUCACCUUCUCCUAGCUCCUUUCCAUUCAUUGCUGCUGUCCGUGGGGACCACUCAUAUCACCUUCCAUCCUGCCAUAAUGACCCCCGAUGCCGCAUCAAAACCAGGGACAUGGGGAAGCCAGAAUGUUGAGCAGAGUGGUGAAACCUUUCCAUUCUAAGCCACUGGACUGUGCAAGCCUGGGUAUCCAUCACCAGUGGUACAGCAUUUUGUAGAAGAGAGCCCUGAAGGGACCCUAGCAAGGGCGCCUCCAACCUAGACAUCCUCAGCUCUCAAAAUCAAUCUCCAUUGAAUUUCUUGGAGGAAACACUACCUAGCCUGUCUGUCUUGAGGAGCUUCAGGAUUCUUAGCAGCCAAGGCUUGGCUUAAAUGUGACAAUUUUUUAGUUGAUGAGUAAUGCAUAGCCUGGUUUUCAGAUACCUCUGUGUGUUGGAAGUAGAGGCAACCUAGCAAAAUUUUAUUCCGGGUGUUGUUUAACCUUUGCAUAGACAAUUUUUGAAAGGGGGUGGACCCAAAAUGUUCUGCUCCAAACAAAACCACAGUCAGUAUGUGUUAAGUCGGAAAACAGAAAGUAGGAGCACUGUUGCAACUCUCCCCACUUCUUGUUGGCAGGGUUGUCUUGAGUAGAGAAUGCAGCCGUCAUCUCAGCAUCUUGGUCCUGUGUAAAUAUAUGUUAAAGGCACACUGUUGUUGUGUUCCCUAUCUCAGGUACCUUCUGAAGUGGGGAAACUUGGAAAGAAAUACAUUUUGGAUUGCACUACUAACCCCACAAGCAGCAAUACAGGAACAGGGAAGCUCUGAGGCUUUAGCAUAAGGUUAGAAAUGACCAUCUUUAAGCUUUCUUGAGAGGUUCUCUGGCUGCUUUCCCCCAGCCAGAUUGAUGCAUGUUGAUCAUGUUGAGGAUGAUCCAAGUCGCAGCACAAAACAUCUGGAGGCUGAGGAAGGCUGUUCUGCAGCAAAGCAAGAGGAGGCCAGAAUCUUUUCUAACAGCUGUCGUUCCUUGACAGUCACAAGGAGCUCUAGCCGUGCACCAUUUUGAACUUCUCACUCUACCUAGAAGUUGUGCUCUUGGGAAAGCCAUAGCUGAAACAUAGGGAAAUGGACUAUGUUUCAACUACAGCACAAGCUUCCAGAAUUUAUUAUGAUUUAUUGGGCAUGCUUUUAGCCUGCCGUUCAUCUAAGUAGACCACAGAGUGUGCAGUACACAAACUACAUACAAUUAUGUUCGAUGAUAUUACAUAAAAUCAGGGUGGUGGUGGUGGCUAUAAACCAGUUAAAUAGGCAUCAGGUUACCAGUAAGAACAGCAGAGAUUCAAAAGUACACUGAUCAGCGGGUGUCUCACAAAUGAACUUGUAGAUGGCUGCAGUUUGAUGUCGCCCAUAGUUCAUGUGCAGACAAUAGCACAGGGACGCCAACCUUGUCUUAACAUUAUUUGGGGGUUGGCUCGUUUUAAAAUCAUCCUUGAUGCCUGAUUCUUCAUUCUGAUAGUUUUCUUUCCUCCCCUGUCAGUUUUGUUGCUGCUGCAGGACUUGGGGGGAACAAGAGUUCUUGGAGAACUCAGAGUGGCUCCUGUCCAUUCUGAGUGAAAGCGCAACACACCCGUCCGAUUGCUACUUCAGCUUUCCAGAACUAAGCUUGUUCUGAAAUGGCCCCAGAGUUAGCUGCUACAGUUAUUUUCCUUCCAGCCACAAACUUUUUUGGUGGGUGCAGGUGGGGGCUGACCAGUGGUGUUGAAUCCCUCUAAAUAAUCCACAUCAGAGCAAUUCGGUGUAGAAAAAGAUUAGGGUUAAACAUUAACCUCCAUACAUUUCCCCCCCGCCCUCAAGCCUUUUCCAAAAACUAGUUGCGACUUCUCUUCCCACCUCUUUGAACUUUGCUUGGGUUGGUUCUUCGGUAUCUUCCAGUUGCGGCUUUGGUACUUGGGUGCAUUAUAAUUUAAUGACUCAAAUAUUGUGAGGACAGUUGGGAAGGAAAGAUGGCGCAUUCAGCAUGAAUGGCCCUGCUAAAAGCACAUGAAGAAGUAUGAGGCCCGUGUUGGAGAAAGGAAAUCGUGACCUGUUCUUUGCUCCUUCUGCCCUUGGGGGAAGAGAAAAUCACAGCAUAGCAUUUCUGGGAUCCCUCUUUUGAGAAAACUGCUCCUGGUCACUGUAACACUCCAACAUGUGGGUGUCUUGUAUACAUGGACUGCUUCCCUAUUGACUUCGGAGUUUGCAAAUGUAGGGCAGCGAUGGUAAUCGCAGCAUUCACAGAUUUCUGUUUUGUUUCGUUUUUCAUUAUAACUUCUUACAACGAUCCCGGUGGCCAAUUUCCCUUGGAAUUGUAAGGAGUGAAUCGGUAUCCAAAUUCAAGUAGUUUCUUGCACAAUUUGUAUCCAGUUGAAAAUAGACUUUGCUGCACUUUUGAUGACAGUAAUUGAAGAGGGAGGCUGCUGCACCCACGUGGCUUUUUUAAAAAAAUUGAAUUGUGGCACUGAGAUUUGGUCCAUAAAUCAAACUCCCUGUACCCACAAAACAUAAUGCAAGAUUGUAACAUGAAAACCAACCAACCAACCAACCCAUGGCUGGUGUCUAAGCAGGCAUCUUAAGCACAGUGCACAGGGGCCCCCAGCCAAGCAGGGAAGAUUCUUGAGCCUGUGGACUUGUAGAAUAGGGAGGACCAUAUUCCUCCUUGCCAACUAAGGACUGGAGCUUGCAGGAGUACUUUGCCUGAUGUUGCUGGUUUUAUAGCAAGAUUGUAGAUACUGUACAUGUUCUCUGAAGAAGGUUUCCAUGUGCACCGGCAUGUUAUGACAUAUGCGCUCUUCCUGUGGACUGUUUCAUAAGUGUUGAGUUCAGAGAUUUCUAAAACCUCCUGUCUGUAAGUAGGUUGUCAAGCACUAAGCUUGCAAAGCAUUCCAAACAGGUGAUUUCC